AUGAUCAAGCUUCUGAGCUACGCUGAGCCCCCAACAGCCUAUAGCACAUCUUACAUCACUAUCCCGACAUCGAUACUACCCACCAUGGUCAAGAACUUCUACGACAGCGACACCGAGGUCGACGAGCUUACCGACGUCGACGUCAAGAGCCCCAAGAAGGCCAAGAAGCAGACCAAGAAGGAGGCCAAGAUGGAGGUCAAGCUCCAGCUCGGCGAUGCCAGCCCUACCAAGCGCAAGCGCACCACUGGAACCGCACGCAAUGCUUGGACGACGGAGGAGGAGCUCGCUCUGAUCGACUGCAUGAACGCAGUGCUCGUCUCGACCAUGAGCAGCAACAUCAAGAACUACCCCGAGCUGGCGGCUCGAGGUACUACGGGCUGCCUGUCGCACUGGUACGCCUGGCGCCGAAAGCAGGAGAUCGCUCUCAUCGGUACCACCACCAUCGACAAGAACGGAAAGAAGCUCCCCGAGUUCGCCUCGCCCAAGAAGGACGAGUGA